AGCUGUACCACGGUAUCCCUGCUUUCCGUUUCAUUCAUUGAUAAAGACAUAAUCUAUCCCUAAAGUGAGAAACUUCCGGGAUUUUAUUUUCCUUGUUCUACAUAAAGUUGUGGGAGUUAAACUUAAAUACAGAUCGGGAAACGUUUAUCGGGUUUUCUGUUUCUGUCGUGUUUUGCGUUUAUCGGAUCCAUCGUGUAUCGUUUUAUUAAGAUGGAAAUAGAAGGAGCAGCAAUGUGUUUCCUAGUUCUAAUUUUUUCCAUUAACAGUACUGGUGUUCGUAGUUUAAAAUAUAAAGCAGUGUCUUUGUACCCCGGAAAUAGAAAAAUUACCUCAGCCGCUGAGAGCGCAGUAGACGGUGAUCCCUUUACAUUUGCUCAAACGGACGAUGGAGUUGGUAGCUCUUGGAACAUAGAAUUUUUUGAGGAAAGGUCCAUUUCGUGUUUUGAACUUGUCGUCAGUGCAGGAUCAUAUGACGUUAAUGUCAAAUCUAGGGACCAAGUCGACCAAAACUGCACAGAAUUUGAACUAGACCCAAACUUCAGACUUCAUCAUAAUAUUUCAAAAUGUUGUAAUAAAGAAAUGAAAGGGACUGAGUUCACGAUCACAAGAAGAGACAAAGGCCCCCUACGACUGUAUGAAGUACAAUUUGAAGACUGUCCUGACGGUCACUAUAUGGGUGAGUUUACGUGUAUCAAGUGCAGCAAUUCCUGUCAAAGCUGUGAUUCGGUUAAUGGUAAUUGUUUAGCUUGCGCUGUCUCUUCCUGGUACGGCAAUGCAUGCAAUAAACAGUGCAGCAAUUCCUGUCAAAGCUGUGAUUCAGCUAAUGGUAAUUGUUUAGCUUGCGCUGUCUCUUCCUGGUACGGUAACGCAUGCAAUAAACAGUGUCCCUACAACUGUUCUAAUGGAAAAUGUGAUAUAAGCACCGGGUUAUGCCACUCCUGCUAUCCGGGACACUACGGUUCGACCUGCCAGCCUUGUGCUACGGGACGCUACGGGGUGAACUGCGGCAAAUCAUGCACCCGUGGAUGUGAGGGGGGUUGUGAAAAGGAAACAGGUCACUGCUAUAAAUGCAAAACAGGAUUCUUCCAGCCGCCAUAUUGUUUUAAAUGUAAUGACUCCAUAUUGAAUUGUGUGGCGUGCCAUAGUGCACAAAAAUGUGAUGUAUGUGACACUGGAUACGAAGGAGAGAAAUGUAUAAAUAGGGACGCUGUGAACUGUUCUAAGUGUGAAGGUUCGCCAUGCUUAUGUUCGAGGAAGUUAUCUACUGUGAAUUCGAGUGAACUUUGUGAAAAUUGCUCCAACGUUUACCACAAUUCCACACCUCAAAUAAUGAGUUUAACGACCGAAGGUCAUCCCGUUCCGAACAAUGGAACCAAUGAGACCAUGUUGUUGACAAUACUGUUUGGAAUGAUUAUAUUGGUGCUGCUUCUUAUCCUCCUAUUGCUGAAAAGAUUAAAAGUACUAAAGGCGAGCGAGAAAGUUGGGCUUACACAUUCACGUGAGCAAGCUGAAGAGCUGUACGUAAACGUACCAGUACCUCAGAAUAUUAUGGGCGACGAGGCCAACUCCAUUUUUCUAGAAGAAAUAACACAUGCAGAUGAUAUCGAUGAGGAUGAGGUUCAAAGACUGGAUGUAGAGUACACUAAUACUAUAGCAAACAGGAUUCCUGUGGAUACAUUUAUUCAAUAUCACAAUAUUCGACGGGAAAACAAUCUGUUGGAGGAAGAGGAAUUUGCGAAAAUUGCAACUGGAUUAAUGGAAAUGUACACUGAAGCAGUAAAGAAAGAAAACAUAUCUAAAAACCGCUACAGACAUGUUUACCCAUAUGACUUUUGUCGAGUUGUGCUUGAUACUUCCGAAGAACAGGGAAGCAAUGGCUACAUCAACGCUUGUUAUGUUGAGGGUAUUGAAGGAGAUCAUGCUUACAUUGCAGCCCAAGGACCGUUUACUCCCAAUACCUUGGUUGAUUUCUGGAGGAUGAUAUGGCAGGAAAAUUCCUCCAGAAUUGUAAUGCUGACCAACUUAUUUGAGGGGGACCAUAUGAAAUGUCUGAAAUACUGGUCUGAAGAAGAAAUUGAGAUUGGAGAAUUUGUGAUUAGUAUAGAAUCACAAGAAGAACACGAAAUGUACACGAUUAGAUAUCUAAUUGUGCAAAAGGAUGAAGAGAUGAAAAAAACUACUCACUAUCACUUCACUGGAUGGCCUGAUCGUGGAGUCCCUGCAGAUGUGGACAACCUUUUGUGUUUCCGUGACCUGGUCAAGAAUGGCCGACCAGAAUCUGACGGACCAAUAAUUGUUCACUGCAGUGCUGGAAUCGGCAGGACUGGGACAUUCAUUGCUUUGGAUUAUUUGCUGGAGGAAGGAUCCGCAUCAGAAAGUGUAGAUGUCAUUAACUGUGUCUCCAAACUCAGGCAGCAAAGAGCACAUUCCAUACAAACUAAAGAGCAGUACACAUUUCUUUAUGAUGCUCUUGCACAGGGACUGAAAAAUAUACGACGAAGAUCUCUGUAUCACGUUGUAGAUGAACUCUGAAGUUUCAGUGGUUUUAUUCAGGAGUUGCUAACCUUUUCCGGGUCGUGUAAAGUAUCGCUGCAUACCAUUUGGCAUAGAUUUGUAGAACAUAGAAUACUGUGAAUUGUUUUCAUUUAUCUGUAUACAAAUUAAUGAAGUCAUAUUCGGCAGUGAUUUUUUAGAUGGAUCUUCAAACAAUUAACAGUUCUUUUCUAUGGAAUAAUGGAAAAGGAAAAUAUCCAUUGGAUUUUGUUAUUUAUGUUCUUGUAUUUGCUACCUUUAUAUUCUUCACCAAAACGUUCAUCAAUACCAUGUCAUCAAAAUUCAAUGGGAUAUCUUAACCUUUGUCAUUGUGGUUAACAUUUUAUUCCGAAGAUUGAAUAUAUGUAUUAGUAUCAUUAUUAUCUUAUUUAUUAUUAUCAUUAAACAUAAUUUGAUAACUUA